GACGAGGACGACGACGAGGCGCUACCGCACUCGGAGGUGGUGGACGUGUUCCAGGAGGGUCUCGCCAUGGUGGUGCAGGACCCCCUGCUCUGCGAUCUGCCGAUCCAGGUUACUUUGGAAGAGGUCAACUCCCAGAUAGCACUGGAGUAUGGCCAGGCCAUGACUGUCUGUGUGUGCAAGAUGGACGGAGAGGUCAUGCCUGUGGUCGUCGUGCAGAACGCCACAGUCCUGGACCUGAAGAAGGCCAUCCAAAGAUAUGUGCAGCUGCGGCAGGAGCGUGAAGGGGGUAUUCAGCACAUCAGCUGGUCCUACGUGUGGAGGACCUAUUAUCUGACCUUUGUGGGAGAAAAGCUCACAGAAGACAGGAAGAAGCUCCGAGAUUAUGGCAUCCGGAAUCGGGAUGAGGUCUCCUUUAUCAAAAAGCUGAGACAAAAGUGAGCCUCCAGCAAGGACAGAGGUGUGGGGGACAAACUCUUCUCCUCAGGACAUUACCCUUGGCCACUGUCUCCUUCACAGAAAGGCAGGUUGCAGCCUCACCCCAGUUGUGCUUUGCCUCCUCCUUCCUCCCCCAUCUGGAACCAACAAUGUGAGCUCCAUGACUGUCAGGUCCUCAUUUCUCUUCCAUUUACUUGAUCUGAAGCCCUCCUGAGGCCCAAACCUGACUACAUGUGGAUCCCACAGGACAGCCUCAUAUACAAAAUAAAUGUUUGCUUUUUAGUUUGAAAGUCAAAAA